AUGCAGCCUAUACCUUUCAUCAAUCGAGCAUCGAAGACAAGGGCAUGCCCAGACAAUGCAACUAGAGCUGCACCGAGUUCUCGAUGCUCAUCUCGAGGGCGAGUUAAAGUCUCCGAUCACGAGAAGCGCUCAGUAUUGCUUCCAUCACGAGAUAGUCUCACCGACAUCAGAGUCGAAUGUCGUGAGUCUCCGAAGACCACCAAAGGUAUACAUACACCUGUGCGAGAUGGCGGCUGCCAUGAAGAUGACGGUGAUGACGACGUUGACGAACCGAAAGAAGAGGAAGAAGAGGAAGAAGAGGAAGAAGAGGAAGAAGAGGAAGAAGAGGAAGAAGAGGAAGAAGAGGAAGAAGAAGAAGAGGUAGAGACACCGCGUUGUCUGAAGCGCAAACGCGCAGGAUCACCCAGUGUGGUCAUCACACCGCUGACGUGGAGUCCGAGUACACCGGUCGUGAACAAGUCGAACUGGACAAAGAAAAGCACGGUCUCGCCAAUCAAAGUUGGAAAAUGCCGAACAUGGCUCGACAGUCCGGUGAGCGACGACCAAUUGACCUGCUUUCCCUCCAAGAUCAAAAGGAUCAGGGGGUCAACAGAUCAUCAGGAUACGAGUGACUGCAAGAACACGGAAACCCAAUUCCUAGUCGCUGAGCUUGCUGCUCUACGUGCAGAUCUCUUCUCAGAAAGACAAGUCCUUCACGAGAUCAAACGCCAAGCUGCUCGAGAUACCAGCGAUAUCGUCAGUCUUCGAGCAGACUUUGAAGCUCUUCGUUCACAGCUCACUGCCGAGGACGAGAGCAAAGUACAUUUUUCUUCUUUCCAAGAUGAGCUACUUGCUCUCCGAGCCGAUCUGGAAGUUCUUCGCUGCGGAGGCAGCAACGAGAAGUCUGCUCCCACGAGUCCAGACGACGCCGAAAAAACCAUCACAGACCAGGCCAAAAUCGACGAAAUCAUCCACUUGAACGAACUACUCCGUCGAGUCCUCCAAGGCGAAAGAAUCUACACGGAACAAAUGCACAAGAAGCUCCACUCGCUCCGUAAGAAGGUGGGCCCGCUGCUGGCCAAGGUUGAUACGCUGCAGGGAAGUCUCGAUGAGAUCAAGACGCAGUAUAGUGCGCAUGAUGCACCGAUUGAGCUCAUCAUGGACUUUGUGAGGAUGUUCCAUUCGUGGUGGGUGGACCGGUAUAAUGUGCGACAGGGGAGUCGGAAUGGGCAGGUCGUUGAGAAGGAGAAGGAGAAGGAGAAGGAGAAGGAGAAGAAGAAGGAGAAGGAGAAGGAGAAGGAGAAGGAGAAGGAGAAGGAAAAGGAAAAGGAAAAGGAAAAGGAAAAGGAAAAAGGGAAGGGCAAGGUGUCGCAGCGCGGCGGUGGAUAG